UAGGGAAAAAUAAAAUAAAAUGCUUUUAUUUAUUAAUUUAUUUAAUUACCGCUACGUCCAAUUUCUGUGAAAAUUUGGGUACGCCGUCGCAUUUGGUUUUCCCCAAACUCCGUCUUCUUCUUCGCUAAAACCCACUGAACUGAGAGAAGUACUGAUAUGGAGGUAUUUCUUCUGUGAGAAAAACAAUUUAUUCUGAUUCAAAAAAUAGUUCCAGCAAUGGACGAAGGAAAGGAGAUGGAAAAACCAGAGGAAGAAAUUGAGCUUGUACAGAAUGAUUCUUCCGACGAUUCCAUGGAGGAUGAUAACGAGGAGGAAGAAGAAGACGAAGAAGCAUCACAUUCUGAGGAACCAUUGACUGAAGAGGAGAUUGAAGGUCUCAUUGCCGAGCUUUUAGAAGUUGAGAGCAAAGCUGCGGAAGCUCAAGAGGCACUGGAAGAGGAAUCUCUAAGUAAAGUAGAGGGUGAUGUUAGGAAAGAAUUGUCUCAAUCUCUUUCCAGUGAUGAGUUGGACAAGGCUGUUGCAGAAGAGAUGGCUGCAUUCAAGGAAGAAUGGGAGGUGGCGCUUGAUGAGCUUGAGACUGAGAGUGCUCAUUUAUUGGAGCAACUUGAUGGUGCUGAUAUUGAUCUUUCCAGUCUUUAUAAGUGGAUUGAAAGGCAAGCUCCUAAUGGUUGCUGCACUGAGGCCUGGAAAAGUAGGACGCACUGGGUGGGAACUCAAAUGUCAGUUGAUGCUACUGCAUCAGUUUCUCAGGCUGAAGAGUAUCUCCAGAUUCACAGGCCUGUGAGAAGACGGCAUGGCAAAGUUUUGGAGGAAGGCGCUAGUGGUUUCCUGGAGAAAAGAGCUGUGGCAAGUGAAAGCAGUGUAGCUGUGAAUAAUAGUACGAAUGUAGAUUGGGAUUCUUUCGGCAAAAUGUGCUCUGAUAAGUCAUCCGUGGAGGAUAUCUCUUUCGGCAGCAAACACUGGGCUUCUGUCUACUUGGCUAGCACCCCACAACAGGCUGCUGAACUGGGUCUGAAAUUCCCAGGAGUUGAUGAGGUGGAGGAGAUUGAUGAUGUUGAUGGUACUUCAAGCGAUCCAUUUGUUGCGGAUGCUAUAGAAAACGAAAGAGAUCUGAAUCUUACUGAAGAACAAAAAAAAAACUUUAGAAAGGUUAAAGAGGAAGAUGAUGCAAAUGCGGAUCGCAAGCUUCAUAUUCGUUUGAAACAAAGGAGACGUAGAAAGCAAUGCAAAGAGGAUGAUAUUCAGGGAGAUAAUUCCUCCAUUGAUGGUUUCAUGACUCAAGAGGAUGGCACUGCUGAAAAUGAUAGUGUGCCUGAGUUGUCUGGUGUUGUUAAUGGAGAGAAAGCAAAGAGUUGCAGUGAUGCCUCUCUGAUUGAUGGCUCUGCUGUCCAGGAUUUAGUUCAGCCUAGGGGGGUUAAGCGUUCAAGUGAAUGUGAUGAUGACCUACAGUCUGACAAGAAGAAAUGUUGUACAAUAACUGUAGAUAGUGAUGAUGAAGCUUCUGUUGCUGGAAAUAGAUCGUCACAUAUUGAGGAAGCCACCAAAACAGAAAUUGAUAUUGUCUCUAGUUCGGAUUCGGAUUCUAGUUCAGAUUCGGAUUCCGAUGAUUCAGAUGCAGACGUCAAUGUCAAUGCCAGCUCUAAGAAAAGACGUAAAAAGAAAAUUCGGAGGAUCAUUGAUGAUGCUGAAUUGGGGGAAGAGACUAAGAAGAAAAUUGCAAUUGAAAAGGAACGUCAAGAGCGGCUUAAAUCUUUGGAAGCACGGUUUUCUACAAAAUCUGUUACCAUGAGAUCGGUGGUCAGUAAAAGGAGUUCAUUUGAUGGCACUGGUGUAGAAAUGCUGGGCGAUAUGUCUGCAGGUUACAUAAUAAAUGUGGUGAGAGAGGAAGGUGAAGAGCCAGUGAGGAUUCCUCCAAGUAUUUCAAUGAAAUUAAAAAUCCAUCAGAUUGCAGGCAUCAGAUUUAUGUGGGAAAAUAUUAUUCAAUCUGUGCGAAAAGUGAGGUCUGGUGACAAAGGUCUUGGUUGCAUUCUGGCUCAUACUAUGGGGUUAGGUAAAACUUUACAGGUCAUUGCUUUUCUGUACACUGCUAUGAGAACUGUCGACCUAGGAUUAAAAACGGCACUCAUCGUAACACCAGUAAGUGUUCUACACAAUUGGCGACAUGAGUUUAUGAAAUGGAGACCAUCUGAGCUGAAGCCUCUUCGAAUCUUCAUGCUUGACGAUGUUCCAAGGGAGAAAAGAAUUGAGUUGCUUGUCAAGUGGAGAACUAAAGGGGGUGUCUUCUUAAUUGGCUAUUCCGCCUUCCGUAAUUUAUCUCUUGGAAAGUAUGUCAAAGACAGAGACCUGGCUAGGGAGAUUAGUCAUGCCCUUCAGGAUGGACCUGAUAUCCUAGUCUGUGAUGAGGCCCACAUUAUCAAGAACACCAGGGCCGAUACAACCCAGACAUUGAAAAACGUGAAGUGCCAGAGAAGGAUUGCAUUAACUGGAUCACCUCUUCAGAACAACCUGAUGGAGUACUAUUGUAUGGUUGAUUUUGUUAGAGAAGGAUUUCUUGGUAGCAGCCAUGAAUUUAGGAACCGUUUCCAAAAUCCAAUAGAAAAUGGUCAACAUACCAAUUCUACUGCAGAAGAUGUGAAGAUAAUGAAUCAAAGAUCUCAUAUUCUGUAUGAGCAGUUAAAAGGAUUUGUUCAAAGGAUGGACAUGAAUGUGGUUAAAAAAGAUUUACCCCCCAAAACUGUAUUUGUUAUCUCUGUAAAGUUAUCUCCAUUACAAAGAAAACUGUAUCAGAGAUUUCUUGAUGUUCAUGGUUUUGCAAAGGACAAGAUAUCUGGUGAAAAGAUAAUCAAAAGAUCUUUUUUCGCGGGGUACCAGGCCUUAGCUCAGAUAUGGAAUCAUCCUGGGAUUUUGCAAUUGAGGAAAGAAAACAAAGACUCUGCUAAACGUGAGGAUGCAGAGAAUUGUCUUGCAGAUGACAGCUCUAGCGAUGAAAAUGUAGACUACAAUGUGAUCCCUGGAGUUGCAGAAAAACUGGUCAACCCCCACAAGAAAAAUGAGAAUGGAUUUCUCUAUCAGGAUUGGUGGAGAGAUCUUCUUACGGAAAAUAAUUACAAGGAAGCUGAUCAAGGUGGCAAAAUAGUUUUGCUUCUUGAUAUACUCACAAUGUGCUCGAAUGUGGGUGAUAAGGCACUCGUCUUCAGCCAGAGUAUAUUAACUCUUGACCUGAUUGAAUUUCAUCUUUCGAAGUUCCUUCGUCCGAGGAAGCAUGGAAAAUAUUGGAAAAAGGGGAAGGACUGGUACAGAUUAGAUGGAAGAACGGAAUGCUCUGAAAGGCAAAAACUGGUUGAAAGGUUCAACGAUCCGUCAAAUAGAAGAGUAAAAUGCACUUUGAUAUCGACUAGGGCCGGGUCUCUGGGGAUUAAUCUUCAUGCAGCUAACCGAGUAAUUAUAGUUGAUGGAUCCUGGAAUCCAACAUAUGAUCUUCAGGCUAUAUAUAGAGCCUGGAGGUAUGGCCAAAAGAAGCCUGUUUUUGCAUACCGAUUGCUGGCACAUGCUACAAUGGAAGAAAAAAUAUAUAAGCGUCAGGUGACUAAGGAAGGCCUUGCAGCAAGAGUAGUUGAUAGACAGCAGGUGCACAGGACAAUGUCUAAAGAAGAAAUUCUACAUUUGUUCGACUUUGGCGAUGAUGAUAAUGCUGACAUAAUACCUGAUUUGGGACAAGAGACUGCUGAACAAAAUACAGCCAGUUAUGGUGGAAAUCUAGUGAAGGAGAAGCUGCCACUUCCUCAUGGAAGUUUAUCUUCAGACAAUAUAAUCGAAAGUUUGAUAAGCAAAUAUUAUCCCAGGUGGAUUUCAAAUUACCACGAACACGAAACCCUCUUGCAAGAAAACGAAGAAGAGAAACUAUCGAAAGAAGAGCAGGACUUAGCUUGGGAAGUGUACCAGAAAACCCUCGAGUGGGAGGAAAUUCAAAGAGUUUCUCCAGAUGAAAACAUACCCGAGCAGCAUAAAGUACACGCUGAAGAAUCCACACCUGUAGUUCAUGUAAAAAAACCCGAUCCUCCCAUUUCAGAGGCUCCCAAACGAGACUACGCACUUGAAAGGGCAAGGCAACGCCAUCAAUACCGUUAUGGGCUGAGGACGUGCACUAAAAUCUCUCACUUAAUGACUUUGAGGAGUCAAAGAAUACAGAUGGGCGGCAGUGCAGUGUGUGGGGAGUGUGCUCAACCGGUGCGUUGGGAGGAGAUCAAGCUUUAAAUUAUGGUCUUGCCAUUUCGUGUUCUUUUGAUAUUUCGACCGGUUGUUGAUAUAUUUUUAUAGAACGUUGAAAAAUCUUUCUAUGUUUCGGAUGCUUGAGUUUGUAAAUUUUCUUACAGGUUUCUUGUAUUAGCAGACUCGUUUAUGAAGUUGUGACUGACGAAAUUAUAUUAGUUUAAACGAGUCAUUCGU